GCUAUCAGAUCAGUCGGUGACAUUACUAAUAACAGUGAAAAUAACGCCCAGUCAUUAACACGCCAGAAUUGAGGUAGAGUGGGAUUCCCCUCCGCUAUAAAUAGUAACCAGCAUGAGUGAUCCAUGAGUGUUUGUGCUGCGGCGACAAUGGAUUAUGACUUGUUUACUGCCAGUGACCCGCUGCUGUUUUUUGCAGCCAGAUCACGUGACCGAGUCGCCUAAAUACGGUUGCUGGUCACCGAUUUCGGCAGGUGAGAAACUGUCCGCAUCUUGAGCUGUUCACAAUGCCACACAGACAGCGUCUUUCGUUUGGAAGGAAAUAAUUGUUUAUAAUCCAUACGUAAUUCAAAUAUGUGGCAUGUGUAGUAAAGACUUUUAUAUGGAUUAAAUCAUUACGUCAGUUUUCCCAGGACUUAAAUGAAGUAGUGUAACAACUGUGGCAGUAUGUAUUUGACAUAACGCAUGCAAUGGUGACGUCAUCAAUAAUUGUAUCAUCCAGGUGUGUUUGUCCAAUAGUUUUUGUUUAAACAAGUGACUUAAUACAUGCCUUGGUGGCGUCAUCAGAAAUUGUGUUCAUCCAGUAAAAAGGUUUUGUGCGAGUAAAUACGAAUCAAAAAGGAUGUUAUCGCGAGAGGGUUCUCAAAUUAAGUAAAACGAAACAGACUGUCAGAGAAGUGAUAUCCAGUAUGACCAGUAUACAACUGUCUAUUUAAAAAAGAAAAGAAAAAAGGAUAUUGAUUUAGGGUUGGCGCAUUCGAUGUGCAAAUAGAAGAACAUAAUAUGUAUACUAUGCAUCAGUACAGAGAGAAACCGCUUUAAUGGCCUCAUGUCCAUUCAUUUUAUUAUGGUGAAAAACCAAUAGGUUACUAAAAGCUAAAAUAGCAAUCAAACAAUUUGUACUGGCUCUACAUUCAGUCACCAGAUUUGUGUAGGCCUAUACCAACAUUUCGCAAAUACAAGCUGGUAUUUUGUUGAAACACCGUACUGGCAAGAUUUUAGAAAGCAUCUAUGAUCACGUGGUAUACUAUCACUAAACAAUAAACUUAUCAGUCGAUAGUUCACCCCCAAAAUAAGAUUCGUCCUCGUUCAAAAUGACAAUGUUGCCAAGGAUACCGUUCUUCCUUGUGGUGGUUCAUGCCUGGUGCUGCUGGUUCGUCUGUGUCGCGCUAUCACUUCCGGCGAACAACGCCACCGCACUAUAUCUCCCGGUGAACAACUCCACCGCACUAUAUCUUUCAUCGAGCAACGUCACUUUGAUUCCGGCAAACAGCGUCGCAUCCACGUCACUUCCACCUGAUGUUGUUACAACUGCAGAAACAUUACAGAAUUCUACAACGGAAACUGACAACGAAAAACGGGAUGCGGCAACUGAUAUGAAUUCCCCCUCCAACUGGAGCGCCGAGGAAAUCGCUUUGCGUGUGGGGGUGAUCGUCGCAAUGCUCGCCGCAAUCGUCCUCAUCAUUAAACUCACUUUGAUCGUCCACCGCCGGUGCGCUACAAAAGACGAGUUGUAUGCACACGUGAACUCUAUCUGACCAAAGGCGGGUGUCAGGCGCGGAUUCAAGGGAUGGGGCGCUGGUGUACGCAACCCCAACACGAUAGUCAAAUGGUUUAUAACGACAAAUCAAUGCUGUGCAUUUAUUUCCCGGUUGGCUGAGUGUUUGUGGGAAAUCUGCUUUUAUAAUAUAAUGUUUCCUUGUGCGUAUAUGAGUGUGCGGGUGCGUAUAUGCGUGUGCGGGUGCGUAUGCGUGUUUACUGUGGUCAAGUGUGUGAAGGAAGGCGUGGAUCGUAGUUUUAUGUUCACUAUUUCCAGCCUGUGCACCACGACUGGUAUAUCAAAGGCCGUGGUAUGUGCUAUCCUGUCUGUGGGAUGGUGCAUAUAAAAGAUCCCUUGCUACUACUGGAAAAAUUCCUAUCCUGGAGGGAGGAGUGGGCGAAAGUCGAUACCUGCGCCCAUGACAGGCAUGUUCUGAAUGUGCACGUUGAAAACCUAUUACCUGACCUAAUGUUGCGGGUUUCCUCUCUAAGACUGUAUUAUGUCACAAUUACCAAAUGUUUGACAUCCAAUAGCUGAUGAUUGAUAAAUCGAUGUGCUCUAGUGGUGUCGUUAAAUAGAACACACUUUAACCUUUUUAUGUUCAGUUAUGUUAUGUGACGUGGGGAGCUGACGCUAUAUAUAUGCAUGUGACGUGGGGGAGCCGACGCUAUAUAUUAGUGUGACGCGGGGGAGCUGACGGUAUAUAUAUAUAUAUAUAAUAUAUAUGUGACGUGGGGGAGCCGACGCUAUAUAUAUGUGACGUUGGGGAGCUGACGCUAUAUAUAUACACACAUGUGACGUUGGGGAGCUGACGAUAUAUAUAUAUAUACAUGUA